GGCGCGGAGCGCUGCUCGGCUGCCCAUGGACCGGAGCGCUGCCCUGCGGCUGCUGCUGCUGCUGGGCUCUGCCGGGCUCGGCGGCUCCGAGGAGAAGGAAAACCCCGGGGGGAACAGUUCACAUGAAUUUUCAGAUCAAGAUUCUCUCCAUAGAACUGGUCAGCACAACAGUGGUCAUGUGGAGCCAAGGUUUAAUGUCAAUCAAGGGGCAAUUGCACAGGCUGCCAGCUACAACUGGAGCAGGGGAGGGCAGUGGGAAGGAGCACCCUGGAGCCACCCUGGGCUCGCCCACAGCCCCCUGAACGUCACCAUGGAUGGCACGCCCUGCAUCCUCUUCUGGGCCAAGAGGAUCCUGAUCCGGCUGGAGAACCACCCCCAGAUGGAUUUGACAGAGAGGACGUUUGGAGCCCACGCCACCGUGGAUGUUGGGGACUCCAACUGCAGCGAGGACAGUGCCAUGCUUUCCCUGAAGUUUGGUGACAUUGGCAAUCUAAAGGGACUUGUUAUCAGGCUCUUGCUGACCACCAGCUCCUACCAGCUGUCUGUGCAGAGCUGGUUCAGCCUGCACAGGCUGCAGCUGCUCUACAACCACUCGGUGCAGGCCACGUUCAACGCCACGGGCAUCCGCGCGCCCGCCACCCGCUCCUUCCGCUGCCAGCACGUCAGCAGCCUGCAGAGAUACGACGCCCUGCUGGUCCCCAGCUCUGACAGAGACCUCUCCCAGCUCUGGGACGUCACCUUCAUCGGCUUCCAGAUUCAAGGUUUUAAUGUCCAAGAAGGACGCUUUGCCUAUGCCAGAGACUGUGCAUCCUUCUUCUCCCCAGCAAUCCUGAUGGGGCUGGUGAUGUCCCUGGUUCUGCUGCUGGUCCUGGCCUAUGCUCUGCACAUGCUCAUCCACCUGAAAUCCCUCGAGAGGCACUAUGAGUGCAAAGCUUCUCCUGCCUAUUUUGCACAGAUGAAGGACAGUGACAUGGGAGAUGAGAAGGAGCCACUGAGAAACAGUGGAAACAAGUCCUAUGAACUCAGGAACCAACAGUUUGGUAAAAUCUAUAUUUAGCAGCGUGUUCUCAGAGAAACAAGAGGUGUUUUCUUCUGCUGGCACUGUUGUAUGUAGUCUGUGCAUAUUUUUUUUUUUUAAGCACCUGAUGAAAGGAAAAGUAGGUGACAGAUUGUUUAGCCAGUCAUCCACUGGUAAUCAUCUCAAAGAUGCCUUGGGAAAGAAGGUGAGAAAAAAAAAUUUCCAUUGUGAGUUAGAGAUAUUCAUGUUGUGGGACUUUAAUUCCUGUAGCAAAAAGCCAAAUUGCAUAGUUCUUCAUCCAGCUUACCAAGUCUUGAAGAGAGAAUCUGUAAUGACACUUUGAAAUUAAAUAAAGGCUGAAAAAACCCCCAU